AUGCGUUCACUUCACUUAAUCGUCUUCGUCAUUAUCAGUCUUGUGAAAGCUUCGAAAAGCGACGAUGGGUUCUGUUUAGCACCGUCGAUCGUCGAAUCGGAUGAGGAAUCGAAACCCAUUUACUGGAAAGUCACAAAUCCGACGCUAUCUCCUUCGCACCUCCAAGACUUGCCGGGUUACACAAGAAGCGUCUACAAACAAGAUCAUGCGUUAAUAACGCCGGAAAGUCAUGUAUACAGCCCUCUACCUGACUGGAAGAACACAUUAGGGGCGUAUUUGGUCACACCGGCAAUGGGUUCCCACUUUGUCAUGUACUUGGCGAAAAUGAAAGACAUGUCAAGUUCAGGUUUACCUCCACAGGAUGUAGAGCGACUUGUAUUCGUGGUCGAGGGCGCUGUGACACUCACUAACACAUCCAGUUCUUCAAAAAAAUUGAUGGUUGAUUCAUAUGCAUAUUUACCUCCAAACUUUUAUCAUUCCUUGGACUGUGUUGUGUCUGCAACGCUUGUUGUCUUCGAGCGGAGGUACGAAUAUAUAGGAAAUCACGCUACAGAGCUUAUCGUUGGCUCUACAGACGAGCAACCACUACUUGAGACUCCCGGUGAGAUUUUUGAACUGCGGAAACUACUUCCAGUGUCCCUUGCUUACGACUUCAACAUCCAUAUAAUGGAUUUUCAGCCUGGAGAAUUUCUUAAUGUUAAGGAGGUUCAUUAUAACCAACAUGGCUUGUUGCUUCUGGAGGGCCAAGGCAUUUAUCGCUUAGGCGAUAACUGGUAUCCAGUUCAGGCUGGUGAUGUCAUAUGGAUGGCUCCUUUUGUUCCUCAAUGGUAUGCUGCGCUCGGAAAGACCAGGUCUCGGUAUUUAUUGUACAAAGAUGUGAACCGGAACCCAUUGUAA